AGCAGUAUUUUCUUUCCGGUUGUUAGGACCCGCGGGUUCUUCCCUACUGGGCCCUGUGCCCCCCCGCCCCCCGCGGCGCCCCGCCGCCGGGCUAGCAGCCACCAUGAAGAAAUUCUUCCAGGAGAUCAAGGCUGACAUCAAGUUCAAGAGCGCAGGCCCUGGUCAGAAACUCACAGACUCUGUAGGGGAGAAGGCCCCCAAGGAAAAGGUACGCCAGCCAGCCCCCAGGCAGCCCCGCCAGGGACCCACUGAUGAGGCACAGAUGGCAGCUGCUGCUGCCCUGGCCCGACUGGAGCAGAAGCAGCCUAGAGCCCGAGGCCCCUCUUCACAGGACUCUAUCCGGAACCAGGUGAAAAAGGAACUUCAGGCAGAAGCGACUGUCAGUGGCAGCCUGGAGGCCCCAGAGACCAACAUGGUACCUGGACCCAAAGAGGAAGAUGGCACCCACCUGCCCGUGUCUGGUGUAUACUUCACCUGCCCGCUCACGGGGGCCACUCUGCGGAAGGACCAGCGGGAUGCUCACAUCCGAGAGGCCAUUCUGUCGCACUUCUCCACUGACCCUGUGGCCGCCUCGAUCAUGAAGAUCCACACGUUCAACAGAGACCGGGACAAGGUGAAGCUAGGCGUGGAUACCAUCGCCAAGUACCUGGACAACAUCCACCUGCACCCGGAGGAGGAGAAGUACCAGAGGAUCAAGCUGCAGAACAAGGUGUUCCAGGAGCGCAUCACCUGUCUGGAAGGAACACAGGAAUUUUUUGAGGCCAUUGGUUUCCAGAAGAUGCUGCUGCCCAUUCUGGAUCAGGAGGGCGCAGAGGAGGAGUUCUAUGUGCUGAGUGAGGCUGCACGGGCGCAGCCACAGAACCUGGCACGGCACCGCGAGCAGCUGCUGGCUGCAGAGCCUGUGCGGGCCCAGCUGGACCGCCAGCGCCGGGUCUUCCAGCCCUCCCCUCUGGCUUCGCACUUUGAUUUACCUGGGGACUUCUUCAACCUCACAGCGGAGGAGCUCAAGCGGGAGCAGAGGCUCCGGGCUGAUGCAGUGGAGCGGCUGAGUAUGCUGCGCACUAAGGCUAUGCGGGAGAAGGAGGAGCACCGGGAGCUGCGGAAAUACAACUAUACGUUGCUGCGCGUGCGCCUGCCGGAUGGCUGCCUGCUACAGGGGACCUUCUAUGCCCGGGAGCGGCUGUCAGCACUGUAUGAGUUCGUGCGAGGGGCCUUGCAGAGCGAUUGGCUGCCUUUUGAACUGCUGGUCUCUGGCGGACAGAAGUUGGCUGAAGAUGAGAACGUGGCCUUGAAUGAGUGUGGGCUGGUACCCUCAGCCCUCCUGACCUUCUCAUGGGAUGCAGCUGUGCUGGAAGACAUCAGGGCCGCGGGGGCAGAGCCGGAGUCUUCCAUCCUGAAACCGGAGCUCCUGGAGGCCAUUGAGCAGCUCUCCUGAAAUAAAGGCAGAGUUGGCUUCUCCCCGGGUCUGUCUUCUCGCUUGUCCCUGUCCCUCUCCCAGGCUGUGAGCCGCCUCUGGAAGCACCUGCUUGGUGCGAGCCCCCAGACGGGAGGCACUGGCUGGCUGUGAGGAUGUAGAUUCAGGCUCGUGGAGACUUGGUCCCUGGGGUCACCGUGGGGCAGCUCCAUGCCCGUGUCCCGGAGCCCCAGGGCAGAGCUGCACGGACUGCGUGGACAUAGCUUCCAUCCAGCACUGGGGUUGGUGCCACUGCAGAAGUUGGCUGAAGAUGAAGAGGUGCUGCCCUGAGAACAUAAAUCUGUAACUUCUAACUUAUAAACCUAAAUAAAUAUUUGAAUAC